AUGCAAAUGAGAACAAUUGUGACCUUGGCUGUGGUAGCGGUGGCGAGCGCGUCACAACAGGUCCGAGAGAAGCGCGGUCUCCUUGGACAACCUCUAAUCAGCUCACAUGCACCACUCCACACCGCUCCUCUUCUGAGCACCCACUCUCUACAAGCUGCCCCAUUGUUGAGCUCCCACUCCCUGCACGCACCUCUAGUAAGCUCCCACUCUCUCCAUGCCCCCCUAUUAAGCUCCCACUCUCUCAAUGCCCCCCUAUUGAGCUCCCACUCUCUCCACGGCCCCCUUAUAAGCUCCCCCUCUCUCCACGCUCCCCUGUUGAGCUCUCACAUCCACGAGCCUCUGCCCCUCGCGCACAGUUCCCUCUCAGCCCCCCUGCUGUCGGCUCCAUUGCUCAGUUCCAGCCUCCACGCUCCCCUGCUCAGCUCUCACGUGCAUUCAGCCCCACUGCUGCCCGCCGCUACCAUCAUAAGAGCAGCACCGAUAACGAAAUACGUGUCUGCACCCAGAUACGCCGCUGGUUGGUAA